UGCCUGAUUAAAAAGGAGAUAACUUCGCUUCGUGGUCACCACGCACCGAUUGUACAUGGAGCUUCUUCUCUCUGGGAGUACUGUAGAAUGAUUUCUCACUCGCGCUCCAUCGUCUUCCAUGGCUGGUUCUGAUCAGGCAUUCGGUAAGAUCACGGCUGCUUAGUCAGGUCCUUUAAGGCGACACGGGCGGGAAGAAGGACCUCUCCUGUGGCGUGACGUCAUAGGGAGCCGACGUUAAUCUCCGAAGAGGCGGAAGCCCGCAGAGAAGAAACAGGUUUUCCCUGCAUCUGUCUUUCUGCCUGAGGAAAUGCCCAAGGUGAAGAGGAGCAGAAAACCUCCUCCUGAUGGUUGGGAAUUGAUUGAACCAACUUUAGAUGAACUGGAUCAAAAAAUGAGAGAAGCUGAGACUGAACCACAUGAGGGGAAGAGGAAAGUAGAGUCGCUCUGGCCUAUCUUCAGAAUUCAUCACCAGAAAACACGUUACAUAUUUGAUCUCUUCUACAAGAGAAAAGCCAUUAGUAGAGAGUUGUAUGAGUACUGCAUCAGAGAAGGCUAUGCAGACAAAAACUUGAUUGCCAAGUGGAAGAAACAAGGUUACGAAAACCUCUGCUGCUUGCGCUGUAUCCAGACCCGUGAUACCAACUUCGGAACCAACUGCAUCUGUCGAGUGCCGAAAAGCAAGCUGGAAGUGGGAAGAAUCAUUGAGUGUACUCAUUGUGGAUGCAGAGGCUGCUCUGGAUGAAGCUUUUUAAAGUAACCUUACCCUUUUGAAGGGUUCUCAAAUUGCGGACUGUACACCAAUGACUGUUCAUAAGAGCUACAAUUCUGUCUUUCAUGAAAACCCUGCAGUGAGUGGAUCUCCUUAGCAGCUGGACAAUGCAGCAGCCCAAACAGUUAAUGCAGUAGUGUGUGUUAGCUCAUCUGUGUAACCAUUUUAUUUUAAAAUAAAGCCUUGCCUGACCAAAGCAGGUGAGAGGAACAGUU